AUGUUAUUUCCGAGCCACGUCAUUCAACACAUACAGAAGGAUUGCAUUUGUACAUCAAUUUGUGGUANAAUAUUAGAGAAACAAAAUAAAUUUAUUUUUAAUAUAUUAAUUCUAAAUGAAUUAAAAGAUUUAAAACAAAUACAAGAAGAUGUAUCAAAUAACUCUCAAGAACAAAAAGAAAAUUCUCUAAAAAAUAUUUCUAUCAGUUGGUUUCUUCUAGCAAAUGAAAUAAAUAAUAAUACAUUAAUAUUUUCAAAUACAUAUGAAAUGGAACUUUAUAAAAAUCAAUAUUUAGUUCUUUUACUUCAAUGUAGUUAUCGUUAUAAACAUGUUUUAUCUAUUUGUGCAAAUGUUGAUUAUCUUAAAGAAUUACUUAACAUUUAUCAUAAUUGUCAAUCUAAUAUUACGCGUUUACUUACUAUUAAAAUUUUGCGUUAUUUAAUUCCCUACAUACCAGAUAACAUCGAUGGAUUAUCGAAAAAUUUUAUUGAAAAAUUCUUAAUCGAUACUUUAGAUUUAAUUGGUAAAAAUAAUAUUUCACAAGAAAUUCUAGCAGAAUUAAUCUAUAUGUAUCGUACAAUAAUGUCAAUUAAUUCAUCAUGGCAAAUAAUAGCAACAAAAUUUAUAAUAGAUUCUAUAGAAUUAUAUUUAAAUUUGAAAUCAAUUGAACUUAAUGAUUUACAUGAAAUGAAUAAACUUUUAGCAUCAUUAUGUAUUUUAGGUGAAUAUAUUGAACCGUAUCGAUUAGGUUCUAUAGUAACAGUUGAUAAUGAUAAAAAAUUAAAUGAUGAUACAUCAUUAGCAUUAAUUAUUGAAAUUGAUUCAAAUAUUGGUGAAACAAAAACAUCUUAUUCAAUUCAAUGUUUACAAACAAAUCAAAUAGAAAAUAUUUCAAUAGAUAAAUUAAAACUUGAAAUUGAUGUCUCUCCACCAAAUCUAUCAAAUGUAGAUAAUUCAACUCUUGAUAUAUUAGGCAAUUUUAUUCAAAUUGAUACAUCAACUAAUCAAUCAUUGAUGUUAUUACAAUUAAAACGUCGUUCAAUAUCUGUUUUAUAUCAUAUAUUAAAUGAUAAAAAAUUAGUUGAAAUAUUUAUGGAAAAACCAUAUGCAUCUACUAUUGCUAAAUUAUGUAUAUCUAAUUCAAUAGAAAAAAUUCAACAACAAUCAACUGAUUUAGAUUUAUUUAAUAAACAAGAUUUAGAAAUAUAUUCAUUAACUUUAGAUAUGUGUGAAAAAUUGAAACCAAUAAUUGAAUAUGAGAAUAGGAACAUAAAUGAUCAGUCAAUAUCGACAAAUGAUCAAGAUAAUUCAUUAUAUACCAUAUGGAACAAUGAUGAAUUCAAUUGUGAUCAACUAGUUAUGAAUACUUUGUCAACACCUAUAUCAAAAUCCAAUUCAUGGAAACCAUAUGCAUCGGAAAUAGAAAUAGAUUUUUUAAAACAAGGUCGAAUUGGAAAGGAUAACAUUUCUAUCGUUCCAAUGCCAAGUCAUAUUUCCUCUGCACAAGUAUUUGAAGAAUGUGGAACUAAACAUCGAUUUUAUGGACGAAUAGCUCCUGAUGGGACUAAUACACGAGUAAGUUUUCCAACAUAUGUAUUUGAUAAUUUACAAUUAAGCAAAGGAAACUGGUAUUAUUGUAUUCGAUUACCAGUUGGUGGAGUUAUUCAAAUAGGAUGGGCAACAAAUGGUUUUUCACCUUCUGGAAGUUGUGGAAUAGGUGAUGAUAAAUAUUCAUGGUCAUACGAUGGAUCACGGGCUGUUUUCUUUCAUGAAGAAGGAUAUUAUGGUCAAUAUAAUGAUCUUCGUUGGAAACAAAAUGAUAUAUGUGGUUGUGGAAUUGAAAUUGAUGGUAAUAAUACAAAAAUAAAAUAUUGGUUAAAUGGAAAAUUCUUAGGUACAGCUUUUACACAUGAUUCAUGUUUACCAUCGUCAACAAAAAAAUGUAAUCUAUUACCACAUGGGCCAACAACAACUUAUUUUCCAGGUGUAACUAUACAAGUUAGUAGUGAUCCAAUUAGAUCUUGUGAAUUAAUAGUUAGUCCAGAAGAUAUGCAAGAUUGUCCAUUACCAAAUGGUUACAAACCUUUAUUAUUACCAAAAGAAAUUCAUAUUGAAAAUUCUCUUGUUGAGUAUCCUUUUAGUGCUUAUUUAAUUGGUGAAAAUCCAGAAGAUUAUUUUUAUACUACACGAAUAAAUUCAUCUAAUAUAUUUUUACGUGAUUUUAUAAAUGAAAAUCAUCUUGAAACAAAAUUUUCUUUCGAUGAUAAUCAUUAUCUUAUUUUAUCUGAUCAAAAUACUGGUUUUCCAUUAUUAAUAAAUAAUGAUGAUUUAACAUCAUUGACAAUAUGUUUUGAUUUUCAAAUAUUAUCAUCAGAUGAAAAAUCUGAUAUUUUAUUAUUUAAAUUAGAUUCAACAGAAAUAAAAUGGAAAAAAACUGAUGAAAAAUUACGAUGUGUUAUUAUUUUUCUAGUAAAAAAAUGUCAAAUAAAAGUUUAUAUCAAUAACAAAUAUCGAACAUUUCCAAAUGCAUUUCAACAUGAAACAAUUCUUAAAUUAAACUUACAUAUUUUACCUGAUAUUAAUGCUAAAAUAAAAAAUCUUGCUAUAUGGAAAUAUGCACUUUCCGAAGAAAACAUUCAACGUUUAUUUACUUAUAAUCUUUCAUAUAUUUCUAUUCAAUAUCAACAAUUAAAAGAAUAUUAUAAACAAAUAAAUCAAAUUACAUUUUUGAAAAAUCAAACAAUAUUUAUCAAUGAAUGUCUUAUUCCAUUUAAUGAAUCAUUUAAAGAAGAUAUUUGGAAAAAAAAGAAAAUACAAGCUGAUGAUUAUGAAUCGAAAUAUUUUAAAACAAAUAUGAAUAUAGAUUAUUCAAUAGUUGAAUUAUUUGGAAAUCAAACAUAUCUUGUUUUAGAUAAAUCAAAUGAAAAAUGGUCAGAAUAUACAAUUAUUCUCAAUAUUUCUAUUCCUCAAUGGCCAAUUAUGGAUGAAAAAUUAACGUUAAUUAUAUUGAAUUCAAAAGCAGACAUUUAUAUAACACAUACUGGUAAAAUUCGUCUUCAAUGUAAUGGAACUGAAAAUGAAAGUAAUUCAACAGUUAUGCUUAAUGAAUAUUUCAAUUUAUUCAUAUCUGUUCAAGAAAAAUCUAUUCAAAUUUAUUUAAAUGAUAAUUUAGAAAUUAAUAUCGAAAUUGAUGAUGAACGAUUCCAUAUAAAAUCAAAUCGUAUUGAUUUAUUUCGAGAAAAUGAUUUGAGAAAAAAUACAACAAAAGAAGAUACAAUUCGAAUAUCAUUAAAAUCGAUCACAUAUCUUAAUCGAUCAAUACCAAUAGAUUAUCAAAAUUUACAAACAUUGAUUAUACCACCUUUUUUAAUCAUUGGAUCAAAUUUAAUAGCAAUGGGCUAUAAAAAAUCCUGGAUCGAAUCAGUUAUAAAACAAUAUAAAAUAGGAAAUAUUUCAAAAAUUCAUAAGAUUUUAUAUGAACAAAAAGAACAAUUGAUAAAAAAUGAUCUUGAAAAUGAACGAAAUCGUUAUUUAAAAAUUUUAUCACAAUUAAGUCCAUCGAUUGAUUCUCAAAUUUUGAAUGAUUUAAUUAACUCUUCAAAAUUUCAUACAAACGAACAAAUGAUAGAUAUUUUACAACGUAUUUUUCCACAUUGGAUACUUUCACAAUCAUCAAAAAUUUCUAAUAAUAAAAGAGAAUUUCAAUUAAAUUUAAAUACUACACAAUGGUUUUCUCAAUAUUUUCAAGAUUUAAAUAUCAAUUCUAACAUUAAUGAAUGGAUUCUAGACAAAGCAUCAACAAAAACUAUAGAAAACAGUAUUUAUCAAUUACUUGAUUUAAAUGAAAAUGAACAAAAACAAACAAGAAAAAACAAGACUUUAGAAUUAAUCGAAUAUUUCAAUAAAAAUAUCUCAUCAAAACAAUUUUUAACAUCUCGUAUUGAUUGUGAACAUGGAUUAACAACAAUCUAUGCACGUUAUACUAUUCUUAACAUGAUUAAACUUUGGUUAUAUGAUCAAACAAAUUUAUUUCCAUUAGAAAAACUUGGUGAUUAUACAUUUCUUGUUACAUUAUUGAAAUUAUUAAAUUAUAUAGAAAUAGAUAACGAUGAAAAACAUGAUCAAAUAAAUUUAUUAAUUAAUUCAAUUCUUAAAAAUGAAAUUAAAAAAUUAUGUGAAUUUAAUUUUACAAUUAAUAAUGAUUUAUUACAAAGUAAAGCACCAUUAUUUUAUCAUUUACAAAAAUAUAUAUUUAUUCAAUCAAUUCAAUUAUUAUUUAAACCAUCUUUAUUUAAUCUAAAUUCAAAUGAAAAAAUAAUUAUCAAUCAAGAACAACAAUUAGAUUUUAAUUUUGUUUUAAAAAUUCUUAAUUUUUUCAUUGAAUUAAUAACAGAUAAAUCAUUAAUAAAACAAAAUCAAAUUGAUUUUAUUAUAUCAUUAUUAUUUCCUAAACAAUUAAUUAAUCUAAUGUUUAAUUUGUUUUUGUUAGUUCCAGCACAUCAAUCAAAACAAGUUAUCAUUCGUCAAUUUGCUACGUGA